AUUAGAACGAAAGUCAGUACAACUAUUUAUCACAUCUAUCUAAAUAAACUUGGCUAUCUGACCACAGCCCAAAGAUGAGAAUCACUCCAGCAUACGUGAACCACAAGAAGCCCACGCAACAGUCCUUCACAAGCUCUAAGAUGUCUUCUCUCUGCAUCUUUAUGGUGCUACUCUCUGCAAGUCUACCUCAGCUGUCUGCAGCUAAUGCCAACAGAGUUCGCUAUGAUACUCUCGGAACAAAGAGCUAUACUGGUCGUGACUGCACUGAGGAGUGGUGUGGAGAGCAAUGGAAGUCCAACAGAAUACUCUACUACAAUCUGACGCUGAACUCCACCCUUGUUGUGGAGAACCGAACUGACAUAUCCACCCAUCAUAUGUGUGAGAAUGGAGUGACACUUAGCAGUGACUGCAAACAGACCGAGUCAGUAGAGACCACAGAGCUAACUUCAGUUCGCAAGGUUUCCCUUCACAGGACUUCAGAAGACCCCAUCAAAAUCGUCACUGAUUCCCCAGAACUGGACCAUCACUAUCUCUUGUCAGAUAAUAUGGAACUUGCAAAAGGAGGACCAACACUAAUCUCUGAUCUCUACCCAGCAAACCAGACCAAAAUCUGGCAAGUCAAAAUCCCCAAGAAGUGCAAAAUGUUCGUGUCCUUCCUUCAUUUCAAUAUCGAAAGCUCGGAUAAGUGUGAGCACGAUUACUUCAGUGUGCAGACGAGCAAAGACCCCAACGAGGUUGUUGUAUUCUGCAACAGUUUGCAAAACAUUGACAUCCGAUACAGAAGAAGAGUCCAGUUCACUCUACACUCAGAUCAUGCCAGUAAUAACGGACAACUCGCUGCCUCGGUAUGUCUGAGCAAAAUGGACUCCGAGAAGACAAAAUGCGAUUGUUUUGAGUCAACAAGACGGAAAAGAUCAGCUCAAAAAUUGUCUGCUGAUAAUGACAGACAACUGACUAUGGACAGAAGACUAGAAGCUUUGGAGAGACUCCGAAACAGAAGAAUCAACUCCUCCUAGCUCUUGAGCUUAUGGAGAAAUGUAAUUCAACCAACUUCUAUUUAGGUAAAAAAACUAUUCGUGUCUCAUUGUUUCUUAGGGAUGAUUAAAAGAGCAGUUUUAUCACAGUCAAAACAGAGUAUAAUAUAUAUAUAUAUCAAUCCCAACAUCUUUUUAAUUUCAAUCAGUAUUAUACCCUAUCAUUCUUUCUCAGUGUUUGCUUACAAUCAAUAAGCAUCACUUCGUCUCGUUUUGGAAGUGUGAACUUCUAUCUCAUGUGAGCACUUUGCUCUCUUGUUGUAACUGUCCUCUGAUCACCUCCAUUCAAAGCUUAUCACUUUGUACACAGUUAAUUAGCACCAUGUUGCCAUACCUAGUAUGGGUUAUGAUUGGCUUAUACCUCUAUACAUGUCAUCAGCUCAAGAUACUGUCUUGUAAAUCAUGUGUUUGCAGUUUUAUCAUUACACCGAUUAUUGUUUUAAUUCUUCUUGUGACUUGUUAUGUUUAUAUUUAUGGUGCUGAGCGCCUAUUUUGAAAAUGAUGCACAUUGUACAAUUUCAAGUUGACCAUAUCAAUUUUCUCAAUCUAAAA